AUGCGUCUGCGUUCCGACGUCACCUUUGACGAGUCGGUUCCCUACUACCGUCUCUUCCCCUACCGCACUGCGUCCCUCCCUCCCCCGCCCCUCUUCCUUACGCCAGGUCUCCCUCCGGUAGACGCCCUCCCCCCUCAGGGUCCUGCCCCCUCAGGUGUGUCCCAGGUAGAUGCGGUCGAGCCUGUCGAGGUAGCUGUUGACUCUGGUGCUGCUGGGGGUGCUGAGCCUGGGGGUGCUGGGUCUGGGGGUGCUGCGACUGGGGGUGCUGAGCUUGGGGGUGCUGAGCCUGGGGGUGCUGAGCCUGGGGGUGCUGAGCCUGGAGGUGCUGCGCCUGGGGGUGCUGAGCCUGGGGGUGUUACGCCUGGGGGUGCUGAGCCUGGGGGUGCUGCGUCUCGGAGUGCGGAGCCUGAGGGUGCUGGGCCUGCUCGUGUGGCGUCUGGUGGUGCUGGGCCUGGAGGUUCUUCGGGUGCUUCGUCCCGGCGGGAGCUACUCUCUCCACAGGAGCUGCGUGAGUGGUUUGCCCGGCGCUGGAGGCGUGCUGCUGGAGCUGGCGGUGCUACGGACGCUGGAGGUUCUGCUGCUGCUGAGGGUGCUGGUGCAGCGGGUCCCGGAGGUGCUCGUACAGGGUGUACUGGAGCUGCUGGGCCUACGGGUGCUCCUGGUGCUGGAGCUGGUGGUGCUACUGGUGCUACUGGCGUUGGUGCUGCUGGUGCUCCUGGAGCUGGAGCUGCUGCGUCUUCGGGUGGUCUGACUGGAGCUAGCGCUAUAACUGGGGGUGUUGGCACUGGAGGUGCUACUGGCGCUGGUGCUUCUGGGGGUGCUGGAGUUGGCGCUGCUGGAGCUGGGGGUACUCCUGGUGCUGGUGCUGCCGUUGGGGGUGCUGGUGCUGUUCCUGCUGGUACUGGUGGCGCUGCGCGGCCACGGCCGUACUUCGUUCCGCUCCUUGAGCAGGUUCUUGGUCUUCCGUCCUCUCUUGGUCCUGCUCCUGGCUUAGAGUGUCCGCCUCCUGUCCAGUCUGAGUCACAGUUACAGCCAGCCUCCCCGCUUCCUUCUCCUUCUCCCUACACUGGUCCUACUGGAGGUCUUGCUGAGCGUCGUGAGCCUGCGUCUCGCCCUGCGUCGCCUGUCCGUGCUGCUCGCACUAGUGGUCGUGGUUCGCGUCAGCGUCCUCCCCCUGUCCCCGGCACGCAUCGGAUAUCUCUGCGUCCUUCCACUGCUCCACUGCGUGCCCCUUUGCCUUCUCCUCCCGAGUCCUCUCUUCCUGCACUCCCUGACCCGGAGUCGGACUCCCUUCGUGCUGCGCGUCCUACUGUCACGCGUCUCCUUGCUACUGUCGUCACUGACCCUUCCUUUGAGUCUACUGCUGCGUCUGCCCUAGUUGCUGAGCUUGUCGACUUCGCUGCUCGCUGUCGCCUAGACUACGCUGCCAGUCUCGUCGCUGAGUCUGAGUCUGUCCGUCCUCCGUCCGUCGGGGGUGAGUGUGCUCUUGGUACGGACGUCCUUGAGGACAGGCAAGAGGAGUUCCAGUGCUUGGCUGCUGCUUCACCUCAUCUCGUGUCCAUGCUGCUUGCCCCUGAGGGAGACCCGGAUGCACUUGACAUCCCGACUCCGCGCUCUUACGCGGAGGCGAUAGAGGGUCCCUACUCCUCUCAGUGGCAGGCAGCCAUGGACGCAGAGAUGGCUUCCUGGAAGUCCACAGGCACCUACGUUGACGAGGUUCCCCCGCCUGGGGCGAACAUCGUCAGUGGCAUGUGGAUUUUCAGGGUGAAGCGGCCGCCGGGUUCUCCGCCUGUCUUCAAGGCGCGUUACGUGGCUCGUGGCUUCAGUCAGCGGCAGGGAGUUGACUACUUUCAGACCUUCUCUCCCACCCCGAAGAUGACCACUCUUCGGGUACUGCUGCACAUAGCCGCUCACCGAGACUACGAGCUGCACUCUCUUGACUUCAGCACUGCUUUCUUGCAGGGCAGCCUGCACGAGGAGAUCUGGCUGCGCCGCCCACCUGGCUUCACUAGGACUUUUCCUCCUGGCACCCAGUGGAGCCUCCGGCGGCCAGUCUACGGUCUCCGCCAGGCGCCUCGUGAGUGGCACGACACACUGAGGACUACACUUGCGGCUCUUGGGUUUGCUCCUUCUACUGCCGACCCGUCGCUGUUUCUACGCACCGACACUUCUUUGCCGCCGUUCUACAUCCUCGUGUACGUCGACGACUUGGUCUUUGCUACAGCUGACACUGCUGGACUCGCCUACGUGAAGUCCGAGCUGCAGAAGAGACACACGUGCACAGACCUGGGUGAACUGCGCAGCUACCUUGGCUUGCAGAUCACCCGGGACAGAGCACAGUGCACCAUUACCCUGACUCAGUCACACAUGGUGCAGCAGGUCCUUCAGCGCUUCGGCUUCACGUACUCCUCGCCUCAGGCCACUCCUCUGUCUACACGCCACUCGCUCUCAGCUCUGCCUUCGGAUGAGUCCGUAGAGUCGAGUGGCCCGUACCCAGAGCUUGUUGGCUGCCUCAUGUACCUGAUGACCUGCAUUCGACCUGACCUUGCAUACCCUCUUAGCAUUCUGGCACGCUAUGUUGCUCCUGGGAGACACAGACCAGAGCACAUGGCUGCAGCGAAGAGGGUGUUGCGCUACUUGUGCAGUACGUCGGGCAUGGGGCUUGUGCUUGGAGGGCAGAGUCCAGUGGUCCUCACUGGUCACGCAGACGCUUCUUGGGCUGACGACCAGGCUACGCAGCGGUCGUCACAGGGUUACACCUUCAGCCUUGGUUCCGGCUCUGUUUCUUGGAGGUCUACCCGCUCGUCUUCUGUUCUCGGCUCCAGUUGUGAGGCUGAGAUCUACGCAGGGGCCAUGGCUGCACAGGAGCUACGCUGGCUCACCUACCUGCUGACUGACCUGGGAGAGCCGCCUCGUUCUCCUCCAGUGCUGUACGUAGACAACAAGGCCAUGCUGGCCUUGUGUCGGGAGCACAGACUGGAGCACAGAACGAAGCACAUCGCUCUUCGCUACUUCCUUGCUCGUGAGCUGCAGCAGCGUGGUCAGCUGCGCCUUGCGUACGUGGCCUCUCAGGCCAACACUGCUGAUAUCUUCACUAAGGCACUCGCGCCUUGUGAUCAUCAGCGCUUCUGUACUCUGUUAGGUCUUGUGCCUACCUUGUCUCACUUGCUCACUUCUUGA